AUGAUUCACCCCAUUCAAUCAUCGCUCGCUACCAAAGACGGUACUGUACUUUUUUUCGUAGUAAAAAAUACCAUCCACACCCUUCGGUGGGAAGAGGGGAGAGGGGAGUUUGUUGCAAUUGGCAUGUGGGUGGACGAUGCAGACAAUAGCGACACUAUCAAGGCAAAGGUUCGGGAGGAACAGCAGAGACAGUUGGCAGAGAAUGAAGCCAAAAGACAAAAAACCAACGAUGGCAAUAGCAACAAACCUUCGAUAAAGGAGGCUAAGGUUCCUGUGCCAGGCCAGGGCGCUCCUCCCGUUUUCAAACACAUUCGUAACAUGGCGCUCUCGCGAGACGAGACACUCCUAAUGGCCUGCACGGACUCUGACAAGGCACUUGUUGUUUUUGAGCUAGACUAUACAAACGCCGAGAACUGCCUUAAGCUAAGGAAACGCCAGCCUCUCCCUAAGAGGCCCAACGCACUGACGACAACAACCGACGAUAAAACUGUUUUAGUGGCAGACAAGUUUGGUGACGUUUAUGCUUUGAGCACAAAAGAAGGCGUUGUUCAAGAAGCUGCUCUUGAGCCUAUUCUGGGCCACGUAUCGUUGCUCACAGACAUAGUUGUCGCAAAAGAGGCUGAUGGAAAACAACUGAUAAUAACAGCGGACAGAGAUGAGCAUAUCCGCAUCACACACUAUCCACAAACAUUUGUCAUUAACAAAUGGCUUUACGGAUCCAAACAAUUUGUGUCAACCCUCUGUCUUCCUAGUUGGGGGCCAAACCUGCUAUUUAGCGGUGGUGGGGACAGUCUCGUUCAUUCAUGGAACUGGGAGUCCGGUAAAUUACUAGAUUCCUUGGAUAUAAGUGAGAUAGUUGAGCCUUAUCUUGGCGAUGCCCAACUAGCUCCCGAAAAGUUCCAGAACGAGACAAACUCUCUGAUAGAGUAUGCUGUGGCUAAAGUUGUCACAUUUGCAAAUAUUCCAUACAUUGCAUUUUUUGUGGAACAAACAAAGGUUGUUCUGAUCUGCAGAGUUGACCCUGACAUAGGGGCAAUUACAUUAGCUCAGAAAAUUGAGAUGCCAUUCAAUAUCAUAUCAUUGUCCUCUGCGCUUUCAGCAAACUUACUGACUUUGACUCUUGACAACCGUGACUCAGACGACUCAAGAUUCGCAGCCUUCAUUUCCUAUGAUGGAACCGAAUUUCUUGUCGAUGCCGAGAAGAAUAAUGCGUUUGAGAAAUGCGUUCUACACAAGUUUGAGAACGACCCUAUUGUGAACGUCGAGCCUCGGGACGUAUACCCUCUGUACCACAUUGCUUCUCUUAGAAAACGUGGAGAACACUUUUCGUGA